CGAUUUAAAUGGUGAACCGCCCGCUCCUCUUUGAAUGAUUUUGCGCCUUCUCUCCGCAGACUUCGAAACGGCAAGGCGAUGAGAAGACAACUUUUAUGAACACUGAACCUCUUCUAAUUAUUAUUUUAAUACACUAAAACGCAGCCGACCAACGAACUGAGCAGCAACGAAGACAAGCUGUGCGGAAACUGGAAGAAACAUUCAGUUUGUGUGCUCAACCGUGCGGAAGCAAACAUGAAGUGCCCGCGAUACGACAUGGCUAAGGCCAAACCCAAGCCCAACCUUGAGAUGGGUUCUCCAGAGAAGCCCUCAGGCCUCCAUGGAAAAGAUUCACCUAUCAAGGAUCCCCUCCCCCUCAAGCCCCUUGCUGAAAAGGUGUCCAAAGUGUUGUUCCCGCAUAACGACUCUCUCGGCGUGGCCCAAGACAAAGAGAACCAGACCGCCAAAGAGCUCGAGAAUACCUUUGACGAGUCGCUAGAGGACAGCGGCUACUUGUCCCUGUACAACAGCCAUUUUGAGGAAGGUGUAAGCCGCAGUCAGGAAAAAAAAUCGACGUUCUUAAUGCCCCUCCCACCUCCAACUGUGACACCAAAACGAUGUGAAGAGAACAUGGUUUCUGGUUGCCCCGCGUUCUUGGGGACUGCUUCCACACCUGUGGACUCCUACAGGCGGAAACCAGUCACGUACUCCUUGUCUUCCACCCCCUUGGACCACUACGACAGCACCAACCUGCCCAUUGUCAAGUUUCAGCAGGCAGCGUGUCAAGAGCUCGCCAAGAGUUACAGCAAGAAUAAGAGGUACGACUGGAGCGUCAUCUCCAAGGUGGCCGAGGAUCAUCUGCUGCACCAGGUGAUCGGCGGCCGCAUGGGCCUCGACUUUGUGGAUGUGUUCUCGUCCCUUCUGUCCAAGAAUAUGAGAAUCAUCCUGGCCAACAUCCUGGCCUUGCUGGGAGACAUGGACCUCAUCAGUUGCAAGAAGGUGAGCAGAACGUGGCGGAAGAUCAUACGCGAAGACAGCGCUGCUCUGCAGCGGUGCCGGCAAGCCGAAAAGGUUCUUCAGGAGUCGUUAAGCUCUGUGACGCUGAAGAGUUCCGGUCUUACGAGGGACGUGGUCGUAUCCCGGAUGGUUCUGUCCUGCGUGCAAAAAGUGGCCUCUCCAAACACGCCAUCACCAGCGACAGCAUCCUCUGUCAGCAGACGGAACGCCACUGUGAUGAAGAACAACCCAUCAAAUUCGCAGUGUUCUCGCUUCAACGAGUACAUUCAGGCUGCCAGCACCUUGAAGCAGCACCAGUCGCUGCGGCCGUGCAAGCAGUGCGGCUCGCCCGCCACACACUCACCUGACGCCCAGCGGGCCACGUGCAUGCGGCCCUCCUGCCAGUUUGACUUUUGCACCCGCUGCCAGGAAGCCUUCCACGGCUCCGCCCCUUGUCGCGUGGUGCAGUGCCGCUCCGGCUUCUCGCCUUCCGGCAGCGCCCGUUCCCUCCUUCCUGGCAGCGCACAGAGCAAGAGGAACAUCAGGAGGUUGUGAUGAGGUUAGAGGUGAUUUUUUUUUUUUUUUGUCCCCUCUUGCCAAAGAAGAGGGAUUUCCAAAAAGUUGUUUCUAAAUGAGUUGGUGGUUAAAAACAAUGCAUUCUGAGCACACCUGUGGAUGGCACCAGUUCUCCAAAGCACCCUGGACAAUCAGCCGAUCGGCCCUGUUAUUCCAGCACAUGCUGCUGUUAGUGAGCGCAAAACAUCUUGACCAAAAAAAAAAAGAUGAAAUUGUGACACUUUAAAGUUGGACAUUUUAAUAAUGUUUUAUAUUGAUUGUAAAUAUUUAAAGUUUUUUCUAUAUAUAAAUAUAAAUGGAGCAAGUUUGUUUUAAAUAAAUGUUAACCUGAAAAAUUGUAAAUAUUUGUAUACUGUUUGUAUUGCCAUUUCCUCAUAAAAGUUUGACACUAUUUCUUGUUUGCCUGUCU